AUGGACAGAUCUCUAACUAUAUCCGUAGACAAGCUGACUUAUCGGCAUAAUCCUACAGCCGAAGCCUCUCUUUUAGAUAUUUCUAUCCACCUGCCUAAGGGUUCUCGGACGAUCCUGAUAGGUGCUAACGGAGCCGGAAAGUCUACACUUUUGCAGAUAUUAGCAGGAAAACGGCUGGUGACUGCAGAAGGUGCAAAAAUCUUUGUCGAAGGACGAGAUGUGUUCCGUGACUCUCCUCCUGGAGUCAUUUUCUUAGGAACGGAGUGGGCGAUGAACCCUGUUGUGAGAGGGGACAUCGUGGUAUCCCAUUUCCUCGAUUCAGUUGGCGGGUACCGUCAUAAAGAGAGAAGAGACCGCUUGCUAGACAUCCUAGAUGUUGAUUUAGACUGGCAUAUGCACGCCAUCUCUGACGGAGAACGGCGACGGGUGCAGUUAUGCAUGGGACUGAUGAUGCCUUGGGACGUGUUAUUACUUGAUGAAGUUACUGUUGAUCUUGAUGUUCAAGUUCGCGAUGACUUGUUGAGCUUCCUGAAAGCAGACAGCGAGUCACGAGGAGCAACAAUCCUUUAUGCAACGCACAUCUUCGAUGGACUCAACGAGUUUCCCACCCAUAUCGCCCACAUGCGCCUUGGCUCGUUCGUGACAAACCCCACACCAUGGCCUUCAGCAGGGACGAAUCCGACGGUACCCGGCGGUCCUUCUCUGUAUAGCGUAGCUCUUCAGUGGCUACGAGGGGAUCGUGAAUAUCGACGUGAGCUGGAGCGGAACGGCAGAAAGGCAAGAGGGUCAAUAAAAGACCAGAGCGUACCCUCUGACUCGGAAACGUUCUACAAGAAAUACGACUACGGUCACUGAUCCAUCGGACUGAGCUCAACCUCGGACACGUAUGUAGCGAUAGAGUAGAGUACUUGACAUGUAUUUUUGUUGUUUCAACACAAGGAAUAGACAGGG